AUGGCAAGAAAAUUGAAAGGGAAAUCCGGCUCAAAAGGGUUGAAAGCUGCUUUGGCUCAGCACAAGCUGCAAGAUAAUCUGAUUCAACAACAAAAAAAGAAACAAUUGAAUGCUGACAGACAAAAGGCACAUGUAUCCAAGAAGACUAUGAGACAAGCUGCUGUGCAGAAACAACGUGAGGCUUCUGUGAUCCCAUUUUCAUCUGAUGAAACUUUGUUAUUGAUAGGUGAAGGUGAUUUCUCAUUUGCAAAAUCUAUUAUUGAACAAAGCUAUAUAAAACCAGAAAACUUAAUUGCAACAAGUUACGAUGCAUCUAUUACUGAGUUGAAUCUGAAAUACCCUAACACCUUCCAAAGUAAUUAUGAUUUUUUGGUUCAAGAAGGUGUAAAGAUAUUAUUUCAAACUGAUGCCACUAAAUUAGUACGAUCUAUGAAAAUAUCAAAACAUACACCAUGGUCAAAGAUCAUGGGUCCCGAAUGGAGACAUAAGUAUUUAAAUAAUAUCAUGUUCAAUUUCCCACAUACUGGGAAAGGUAUUAAGGAUCAAGAUAGAAAUAUAAGAGAUCAUCAAGAAUUAGUGUUUGGUUAUUUUGAUAGUAGUAAACAAUUAUUUUCUUUAGUUAACUCUCAUAUUAAAGGUACUAAAAAUAAACAUACUCAGGGUUAUGAUUUAGAGAAGACAAGUAAGAAUUCCAAUCCAGAUGGUAUAUCACCAGAAGGUUAUGGAAAGAUCUUAUUGACUGUAUUCGCUGGUGAGCCUUAUGAUUCAUGGCAAAUUAAGACACUAGCCAAGGACAAUAGAUUAAUGCUAGAUAAGUCUAGUAAAUUUAUAUGGGAAAAUUAUCCAGAGUAUCAUCACAAGAGAACUAAUAGUGAACAAAACACUACAAAGCCUGCCCACGAGAGAGAAGCUAGAACUUAUAUCUUUAAAAAUUUCGAAAGAAAGAGAAAUUACAGGCAAAAUAAGAAAAACCAGGAAAAUGAUGAAGAACAAAAUAUAUAA